CGCUCUCCUCCAUUUUUCUUCAGCUUGUCUCUGUAACUGAAAGAUUGCAGAAUGUUCCUAGUGUCGGUUUUCCUCCAAAGCCUGGGGAGUACUUUGCUCCUUACACUGGUAUACAGUGUAUGGAUUUACUUCACUUCUCCAAUCAAAAGCAUUCCAGGACCAUUCUUCGCCAAGUUCACCAAUCUUUGGCGCUUCUUUGAUACGUAUGGAGGUCGACCAGAGCUCACGCAACAAAUGCUUCACGAGAAGUACGGAAAUGCAGUCAGGCUAGGACCAAACAUUGUCAGCAUCAGUGACCCAAAGCUUCUACGAACAUUGUACAAUACUCGAGGGGACUUUCUGAAGAGCAAAUUCUACACCUUGAAUGACACCAAAGUCGGUAGCCAGAUCAUACACAAUGUGUUCAGUACUCUGAGCAACGAAUUUCACGCUAGCGCCAUGCGGCCCAUCCAGAAAUUCUACAAGAUGUCCAGUGUGCUCACGCAUGAGCCUCUCGUUGACGACACAAUUGCAGCAUUCUGUAAACGUCUCGACGAGGAAUUCGUAGAGACUGGGAAGGCAUGCAAGAUGGACGAGUGGCUUCUGUUCUUUGCAUGGGAUGUGAUUGCCCAAAUGACCUUCAGCCGACCAAUGGGAUUCAUGGACCAAGGCAAAGAUUACUCAGGUCUCCUUGCUACUGCCGACAGAGCUCUGGACUAUUUCGCGACUGUUGGGCAAAUGCCAUCAUUUGAUCAUUGGCUUGCGAAGAAUCCUAUUCGACCCAUUGGUCCGCCAAGUUUCGACUUGGCGGCUAUUUAUUGUGCCCAACAAGCCCUGGAGAGACAAGAAUCCAACGAAAAGAGAGAAGAUAAGCCAGAUAUGCUAGAUGGCUUUCUUGAGGUCAAGAAAUCGAAUCCGGAGAUAAUGAACAAUCAAGUCGUCAUAGGCGCUCUGCUGGUGAACGUACUGGCUGGAUCGGACACUAGCGCUAUCCUUCUAAGAUCGAUUAUUUACUACACUCUCAAGAACCCGAAAGUGUAUCAGAAACUCCGAGAAGAACUCGACAACGCGGACCUUGUCCAUCCUGUCACGUAUGCUGCAGCAAGUUUUCUACCGUACCUGGAUGCGGUGAUCAAAGAGAGCAUGCGUAUUCAUCCUAGUGUUGGCCUGUUGCUAGAGCGUGUGGUGCCAGAAAGUUGUCUUACUCUCUCGGAUGGAACAGUCAUCCCUCCCGGGACAAUUGUUGGUAUGAAUGGCUGGGUAAUCCAUCAGAACAAGGAGAUUUACGGGCAAGACGCAGCAUGUUUCAAGCCGGAGCGCUGGCUUCGGGAUCUUGGUGCGGGAGAAACAGAGGAUGACUUCCAAGCUCGACUUUCGUUGAUGAAAACGACCGAUCUCACUUUCGGCGCAGGAAAUCGUAUCUGUCUCGGAAAGAACAUAAGCAUAUUGGAGGUAUACAAAGUGAUUUCCACUUUCUUCCUGAAAUAUGAUAUGGCCUUUGUGGAUCCUGCUAAGGAAUGGCAUGUUCAAAACUCGUGGUUCGUGCGCCAAUCUGGAAUUGAUAUCAAGAUUCAGCGAAGGAAGAGACAGUGAGGUAUGACUCUCCAAAAGUUAUGAGAUCAGAGUGUUGGCUUUUCUUUGGUGACGACUGUCAGGAGCAGUCACAAGGACUGAGUCUUGAAUCACCCAGAUGUAAACCCGUAGUCAUAACUGCAGAGUAUGAAUUGUAACU